UAACUAGCAUCUGCAUCAGUCGAAUUCGUUCCGCGGGCCUAGUCUCAGCUGAAUCAUAUUGCGCGGGAAGAAAUGAAACCCACAUUAAUCCUACUUCUUUUGCAAUGUUCUGUGUUCCUGGUGACAUCAGAGGACGCGACCGAUAGCAGAGACCUCGCUGACGAGGACUACGACGAGCUCGGCCGCAAACACAGAAAGAAGAAGAAGAAGCAUCAGAAUAACCCUUGCUAUGGAAGGACUUUUGGAGAGAAGUUUGGCCAACAUGACUACACCUACAUUAACGCUCCAAUAACUAAUUAUUUCUUGGGUUGUGGUGGCAUUCCAGCUGCUCCGGUGGGAAAUCACGGACACGGAGGUCAUGGAGGUCACGGAGGUCAUGGAGGUCACGGGGGUCACGGAAGUCACGGGGGUCACGGAGGUCACGGGGGUCAUGGAGGUCACGGGAGUCACGGGGGUCAGGGAUUUCUCGGCGGUCACGGAAGCCAACCUAAUUUCGCCUAUGACCAAGGAUACAAUCAACCGUACCAUAACAGACCCUUUUCAAAUGUGGUCUCCGCCGCAGCAUCAGGACUCGGCAACGCUGUAGCGACCUACUUCAACCGGCCCAGAAAGUUCAAAAAGCAAGUGAAUCAGUAUCUAAAGCCGUUAUAUCACUUAUUUUGAAACAGUUUCGUGAUAGUUUGGUGUCGAGACUAAGGAUAGUGUUGUGCAAAAGUUGUUAUGUAAAGUUUGAUCAUGAUUCAUACAAAUUACAAUAGCUUCAAGAGAUAGAGGCAUACAGAAUAAUAAAGAGAGAAACAGUGAGUGCCAGACAUUCGUUAUUUUAUAAAAGCUGAAAGUUUAUUCAUGAUAUUAAGAGUCUGGCAAUGCAUAACGUGAUUUCUUAGUAGAAAUAGAAGACCAGAAUAGUUUCGGGUCUGGUCUGGUGGAAGGUCUGGCAUUCGCUGACUCUUAGUCCAUAAGUUUUUGUUACUUGUACCUAAUACCAAAUAUUAUUAUUUUGCUCAUUUGUUAUAACAUUGUUUUGUUUGCAAGAGUAAAAUUAGAUGUUAAUACGUUAGAUAUUGUACUUAAUAAAAUAAAAUAAAUGAAUAUUUUUAUAAUAUAUAAAUCAAUAAUACCAAUAAUCCAUAUCCAAUAUCCAUAUUUAAUGUUAAACGUGCGCAAGUAUGUCAGUCCGUCAGUCUGUUUGUCUGACUGCUAGUUUUUCACGGCCCAUCUAUUUAACCAUUUACAAAGGUACAAAGACAGCUUGCAUCAAAGGGAGGUCGUAUGCAUCGAAAGCUACUUUUUGUCCUAGAAAAUCAAAGGAUUUCCACGGGAUUUAAAAACUAAACCCAUGCGACGGACGUGAUCGCGGGCAUCCUAUAGUAAACUCUCACGAUCAACCGAUCGCCAGCUCACUACUGAGCAUGGGUCUAUUUAGCACGAGGGGUUAGAGGGGAAAGUUUCUGAUUUUUAAAUUUUCCCGUAGUUUAUAUCCCACUCCUAGUAUACAUACCAAACAGUCUUCAGGACUUCAGGAAGUACCCUAGGAAUUUUG